UGUGGUUGAGGUUUCCGUCCAGGAGAGGACCCUGGUCUGCGCCUUUUCCAGUUGCAGGAAAGAAAAGUUGACGCUAAGAGAUACUACCAAAAAACACCUUGCUGCCCUUGGCUGAAAAGGACUACAGGAUGGAGAAAGGUUUUGAUAAAGCUUGUUUAAAGAUAGCUCAGUUUGGACUCUGGAGAAUCAUCAGUACAGGAAACCGAUUUACCUCCACUUGAAUUAUUAGUUCCUAUGUUGGCUAGUUGAGACAAAUAUAAGUAUGGCCUUCUACAAUUAUAAAACAGUCUUAGCUAUUGCCCGGACAAGAUUCCCUAGCUAUUUUGUCCAUCCUACCAGCUCUUAUUCCCCAUCAUUUGCAUUUCUUCACUUGCCAGAUUCCCAUUUAAAUAGAACAUACAUCAAGAACUGUGUAAGCAAGAAGUACUCGUAUCCUAAUCAGUCAGGCAAUAAAGUACUUCACCUACAAGCUAGAAUAAUACAGAAGCUGCACACAUCAACUUGCUGGUUCCAAAAGGUCCCUGGUAAACCUCAACUGCUCCAAACCCCAAAAAAGCAUCAGGCGACAAGCCCUCAGCCCACAGAAGGAACUGGCACGAAGAUUAAGGAGGAAAAGCGAUCUUACAGACAAAGAAUUAUGGAUGAACUUAAAUAUUAUUACAAUGGAUUCUACUUGCUAUGGAUUGACACCAAAGUUGCUGCCAGAAUGGUUUGGAGGCUGUUGCAUGGACAGGUGCUGACCAGACGAGAGAGACGAAGGCUCUUGAGGACUUGUGCUGAUUUCUUCCGCCUGGUUCCAUUUAUGGUUUUCAUAAUUGUACCCUUCAUGGAAUUCUUAUUACCAGCAUUUCUGAAAUUCUUCCCAGAGAUGUUGCCAUCAACUUUUGAAAGUGAAUCCAAAAAGGAGGAAAAACAGAAAAAGAAAAUGGCUGCGAAGUUGGAACUAGCAAAAUUUCUUCAAGAAACGAUUACAGAAAUGGCAAGGAGGAACAGGGCCAAGCUGGGAGACGACUCCAUACAGUUCUCCUCCUAUGUCAAACAGGUCCAGACAGGCCACAAGCCCAGCACAAAGGAGAUAGUUCGAUUUUCCAAGCUAUUUGAAGAUCAGCUAACCCUGGAGAGCCUAGAUCGACCUCAGCUGGUUGCCCUCUGCAAGCUUCUAGAGUUGCAGGCCUUUGGAACCAACAAUUUGCUCCGCUUUCAACUUCUGAUGAAACUAAAGUCUAUAAAAGCAGAUGAUGAAGUAAUUGCCAAAGAAGGGGUGAGCGCUUUGAGCGUGUCAGAACUGCAAGCAGCCUGCAGGGCCCGGGGGAUGAGAUCCCUGGGUCUCACUGAGGAACAGCUGAGACAGCAGCUCACAGAGUGGCAGGACCUCCACCUGAAGGAGAACGUCCCUCCUUCUCUGUUGCUUCUGUCACGAACCUUCUACCUGAUCGAUGUGAAGCCAAAGCCAAUCGAGAUACCACUAAGUGGGGAGUCUUCCAAAACAGAUAUUCCCAUGGAAUCACCUCCUUCUCCUGGAUCUAAGGAGACGCUGGUGGAUUUAGCACCUCCACUGAAGGGAACUAAGGAUGAAGAAUUUAUGCAGCUGCCGCUGGUUCCGUCAUCCCCCAUAACGCCAUCGACACCUAUCCCGUUACCUAAGGGACCCAUCGCUUCUGCUAAAGAAGCUACACUCCAGGCCGAAUCACAAAAGACAACGCAGAGCAGCAAGGCGAGUUCUAAAGGUGCAUAAGGACCAUGGGAGAUGAAGCUCACUGUCGUCAGCUUCCUGCCCGCAGCGGUGGCAUCCACGCAGGACCACCCAGCUGAGACAGAUGCUCUGUGUCUGGUUUAAACAGAGAUCAGCCGCGUCAUCCUUGGGGCAGUCCUUUGAGGCCUUGUAACCUUUCCAGAUGAUGUCAGCAGUGGGACCAAGUUCAGACCAUUUAGAAAUGUAAUCUCAAAGCCACCUUCCUCUGUACCAUGACGUCAUCCCACUAAACUGUGUGAAGCCCCCUCCCCGUGUUAUUUUUGAACAGCUUCACAUUCGUGUGCAUGUCCUUUAAGGGAGGACAUUUUUUUGCAUAACGGAAUCAGCUUGGCACCUUAGAUUCCAGUAAGAACUUGGAAACUCCGAAACCACCAGGAGACCACCUAACUUUUUCAGGGAUCCAUCAGUAAGAAUAGUGCCCUGGAAACAAAGCACCUUAAUGGGAUGGAAUGGGCAUAUUCCCCAGUAAGGCCUUUCCGGAUAUGAAGAAGAAAAAGCUUUCUGGAGAAGAAAACAGGAGUUCAACAGACUGGCGAUCCACAAGGCCUGGCUGCUGCUUGGCUGCUCAGAGGCUCCCCCUCUGGGGCCCCCGGAGCCUGCAGGAAUCUGGGAGGCUGCCAUUAUUCCAGCACACGUGGCUUUCAUUAGCCACCAUUUUGCCAGGAAACAUAAUUACGGGUUUAAGACGUAACCAUUUGUCUGUGCUGGGUGUAUGCUUUUCUGGUGUGUGUGUCUUUCACAGACAAGACCAUUUGUUAGUCAUCGGGGUGGUUAAGAGUCUGACACAAUCCCUGUGCUACCCAGUAACGAGUAUUAUGUUCAGAUACUUAUGCUCGGGGUUUUCGGGAUGGUCAGUUCUGAGAAAACUUAGUACCUUGCCGUGCAGCUGACCCAGAGCUUUCUUCCUUUGGGGAGUGCUUAGAAAGAAGAGGUGUUUCGGUUUGUGGGUGAUGAGAUUGGUUUUCUUCGCUCUCGGUGAAAUUGAAAGUGGUUAGAUGGGAGUCAUUGAAACCUAGUGCAACUCCAGUCUUCCUGUCUGGGAUCACCUAAGUGAGGACUGUCAUCAGUGCUUCCCAGCAAGAUCUGUACUUUACGAUGCUUUCUAAGCCUCCUCUCCACCAGAGGGAAAGCCCCACCCUGGCCUGCUAACACACUCCAGUUCCUCAAGAAUGAUGAAUCCCUACUACGCAGCAUUCAGU